GGCAGCAGCCUGUUAAUAGUGUUUUUCAAAGUUAAUGCAUUUUUAUGACGGUUUUUUAUUUAUACAUAGCGCUGCAGGUUUAUAACCCGUUUUAAACUGUGCAGUGUUCAGCACCAGCAACUAUACGCUGCCAUGUCUACCAACGGCGACACGAAACAAUCGGAGGAUACUAAAGGAGCUUUCCAGAGAAAGGAUGCUGCGUUUUGUAAUCACAUAACAGCUGAUGGUUCGUCCGGCUUUAAAGCGGAAGCAGGGAGAUAUCAUCUGUAUGUAGCGUUGUCCUGUCCCUGGGCUAGUAGAGCUGUUAUAGUUAGAACCUUAAAAGGCCUAGAAGACGUCAUCUCAAUGACAAUCGUUGAUUGCCUGAUCGGUGAAAAGGGAUGGUCGUUUACUGAUAAGAAACCUAAAUGUACACUGGAUACUGUUAAUGGUUGUAAUUAUCUAAGAGAAGUUUAUAAUCUUGCUGAUCCAGGCUAUACGGGUAGAGUCACUGUACCAUGUUUAUGGGAUAAACAGAAGAAGACUGUUGUUAAUAACGAGUCGAGUGAAAUAAUUAGAAUGUUUAACACAGAGUUUAAUACUUUAUGUAAAACAGACGAUCAGAAACGACUUGAUCUAUAUCCCAGUAAUCUAAGAGCAGAGAUUGAUGAACUCAACUCAUGGAUUUAUCCUCAGAUAAGUAAUGGUGUGUACAGAAGUGGGUUUGCAAAAUCUCAGGAAGCUUAUGACCCAGCUGUCGUAGACGUGUUUAACGGUCUGGAUAAGGUUGAUGGCAUACUAUCAAAGAGAAGAUAUUUAACAGGCCCUUGUUUAACAGAAGCUGAUGUCAAACUCUUUACUACAUUAAUUAGAUUUGAUUCAGUCUAUCAUACACAUUUUAAGUGUAAUAAGAAGAGGAUGGUUGAUUAUAAAAAUUUAUUUGGUUAUAUUUGUGAUAUUUAUCAGAUACCUGGUAUAGCUCAAACUGUCGACAUGGAUCAUAUCGUCAAUCAUUAUUAUCAUACUUCUAUUAAUCCAUACCAUAUUGUACCUAUUGGUCCUGAUAAUGAUUAUAAUUCACCACAUAACAGGGACAAGAUGUAAACAACGUUGUAAACACAUUGUCCUUAUCAAAUAACAUAGAGAAGAUUUGAUCAUUGCCAAGUUACACACAUGUCUUUAUCGAAUAUUCAAGAUGUGCAAAUAAAUCUGAAUUUUAUCAUUAUCGUAACACAUAUAACUAUUAACAUGGUAAUAUAGUAAUUAUGCUGGGACCAUCUAUUGUAGAAUAAAUUAGGUGUACAUUGUUUUAAGUGGUGUCGAAAGAGUAUUAUUAUAAUAUAAUAUAUUACAAUGUGCUACGGGGGAAUUCUCUGAGCAGACAGCGGCGCUACGGCCUUCUCUUAUUUCGAAAUGCCAAAGGUUCUUUUCGUGCACGCCAACAACAUGUUGUUGUCCCUGGCCUUGCCCAUGACAACCGAGGAACUUUCUCGGCCAACAUCGGUAGCGAACCCAAAACCUCCUGCUUAGCGAGUCAGUGCCUUACGCACUGAGCCACCGUGGCACCCGUAUUACCAUAUAUUUACUUAAUUAAAUAGGGAUUUGUAUUUUAAACUAAAGUAAAUGUAUUUAAUUUUGAUAUAUUAUCAGUAGACAUAAUAAUGUGAUGUAAUAAAUAUGU